UUUUUCUUUUAAAUCCAGCUUUCUUCCAUUUAAAGCAUUUCCCCCAGACUUUAGUUUGAAAUAGACAAGUCGUGAGUCACGCCGGUCACGUUGUGGUCGCCAUCAACUACGCAUGCGCAGACUGUCAUGUCUGGUCCACUGAGCGUGCCGGCAUGGAAAGUUGGGACAUUUACACGGUUCGGCUGUAGCGACAGAAGUGGAAGUUGAUUUGAUGGUUUUUGUCCCAUUCUACCGCAACCGUAAGAAAAACCAUGACCGCUAACGAGGACCAGGAGAUGGAGCUGGAGGCUCUUCGCUCCAUCUAUGAAGGGGAUGAAUGUUUCAAGGAAAUCAGUCCAGUUUCUUUCCAGUUUAGGAUAGGAGACCAUGAGGACACCAAAGCGUUUAUGCUGGACAUCACGUGGCCAGAGACAUACCCUGAGACGGCGCCACAGAUCUCCCUUGAUGCUUUUUUCAACAACAGAAUCUCUGCAGAGACGAAGCAGAUGAUCCUUUCAAAGCUCGACGAGCAGGUGGAAGCUAACUUGGGAACGGCGAUGAUGUUCACUCUUUUUGAGUGGGCAAAAGAGAACCAGGAGGCCCUAAUGGAGAACCACAAACCCGUUGUGAUCUCUGUGAUGCUGACAUCCAACGAGAUGACGGUUCCCUCCUCAACAGCGAAAAAGAAGGAGAAGAAAGAGCAGCUGACUAAAGCGCAGAAGAGGAGGAUUUUCAACAGAACAGACAAUAAGGGUGAACUGCCCAGAGGGUGGAACUGGGUGGAUGUGAUCAAGCUGAGUAAAACGGGAGGAAAAGAUGACGAGUAGGUUUGUUUGCAGUUACCCGCAGUGAAGUGUGGACCCAAUGCAGCUGCUGCUCCCCUACAAUGCCUUCACUUUUAACUUAAGCCACGUUUUACACUCAGUAAGGGUUCUUCUACCUCGAGAACCAGAGCAGGAUAACGGUGGACCUACAAUCCUGGCUUACUGUAACUAUGGUUUUUGUGCUGGUGAAGUGGAAGUCUUUGCUUUAUCGUACCGUUUGUGGUGUUGGUACACUACAGCCAGUUGAAUAGAUGCAGAGCAUUUUGUUUUUAUCGAUUAAAUUUGUGUCAAAAAAUUGGGCUCUGUCAUUCAUCAGGGAGGAGUUUACUUCGGAUGGACUUACCUGCUCUCACUGCCAUGUUUCCAGUCUGUGAAGUUCAGCAUUGCAGACAAUAAUGUUGGACUUUAUCGUACGGUCAUGCUGUUACUUUAAGGUACCAUGAGACUUUGUUUAAGCAAAUACACAAAAUAAACAUCAAUCUUUUCACCAUUUUCUUAUUAGCACACAUGAGAGAUUUUCCCUGUUAAUUGUAAAUUUUAACAUUUUUAUAUGAAAAAUAAAAUGCGCUUUUGUCAAUUUUGUGUCCAGUUAUGUCAUUAACUAUUGCUUUCAUGAAUCCUGUAUGGGAUCAAAAUCAGUCAUUUCUCCAGCACUCCUUGGAUAAAUGCAAUUAAUGUCUUCAUUAAUGCAUCUACAGGGAUUAAAACAUCUAUUCCUAGGGUGAUUGAAAAA